AUGCAGAGGGUUGAAUUAAUGGAUAAAAAAGCUGAUAAAUCAGUUGCAUCUCGAGAACGUCUGACACAAAUGUGCUGUGAAAAGCGAUGCACAGAUGAAGAUAUUCGCUCGUAUUGUUGUAGAAGCUGACAAUGUUGUGAACAAUUUUAAAGAAUUUCGUAGUUUUUGCAGAUUAUAUUUAUCUAUCUUUCCAACAGGACAUGUCAUUAACAUUAUACAUUUUCUGAGGCCCAGAUUGU